GAAUUUGGUAUGGAACAUGGAGGGAUGACAACAAAAAAUGGCAGGUGGUGUCAAAUUGUUGGAGCACAAACUGCAACCUUUGUUAAUUUCCUAAAUGUUGCUGGUUAAAUAAAACUGUGAGAAUGCGUAGUUUCAAGUGCAAAUGUCGUAAAGAAUACGCCAUUCUUGUGCAAUUUGGGGGAGUGUAUUUGGAAGAGACGGAGAGGUGGUUUUCAUGAAAAAGUUUUUUUUCCAUAGACUUUCACCGUGGUGUACAGUUUUCCCCUAUUUUGGGUGUAUUUGGGAAGAAAGCUCAAAUCUCUCUCUUUCGCUCAAUAAAGAGAUAUACCUAAAUAUGGCGGUUGUUGAAUACUUUGCAUAGAGCGCAUAGAGGAAUAAUGUUUGAAGCUUUCAGACUGUGAAAUCUCUUCUUGACAAAAAAAAAAGAAAACUCACUAAAUAGAUUUUAAAAAAUAAAAAUAAAUCUGCAAAAGUAUUAAAAAUUGUGAUUUAUCUCAUUUGCAAUUCAUAUUAAAAACAAUGUGCAUACGAAAGCAUAAAAGAGACUACAGAAACCAUCGAUUUUCAUCAUCUCUAUCUAUUGCAAAAGUAUUGUCAUUGACACCUGCUAACUAGGAGGUGUACCUGUAUCCACGUAAACACGAGAAUUGGAUCACAGAUAGAAGUUAAAAAAAUAAAAGCAAAAACAACUGCAUACAGGACGGCUACGGAUACGUAAAUUACGUGAAACUCCGCAGCCGUCUUACCUCGAGUAAAGUUGAAAGUUCGAGGGGACGACGCGGGGCGUCAUGUCGCAAGUAGCGGGUGGUUCUGGUACAGCAGAUUUCCGUGAAUACCAGUGGGCAUAUUCCAUAAUGGAUUCAUCACGGGUAUCAACAUGUUUGAUUUCUAUGCUACUCAUUGUCUACGGUAGCUUCCGGAGUCUCAACAUGGAGCAGGAGGCGCGUGAGCGUCAAGAAAAGAAACGUCAAAGUGAGAGUCUGAAUAAUUUGCUAACUGGAGAACCAGUUCAACAAGAGACAAAUAAAUUUGCAACAUUGGACACAAUGCAUGCUCUCUGUUUACCCUUGGGCGCUUCAAUAUCACUAUUAGUGAUGUUUUUCUUCUUUGAUUCCAUGCAAAUGCUCUUUGCUGUCUGCACAGCAAUAAUUGCAACAGUUGCAUUGGCCUUCCUUCUACUGCCAAUGUGUCAAUAUAUUAUACGCCCAUGUUCAGAUGGCAAUCGAAUAUCAUUCGGGAUCUGUGGACGUUUUACGGCAGCUGAACUUUUUAGUUUUUCCCUAGCAGUAUCAAUAGUUUGUAUUUGGGUGCUAACUGGCCAUUGGCUUCUUAUGGAUGCGAUGGGCAUGGGACUUUGUGUUGCAUUUAUUGCAUUUGUUCGUCUACCGAGUCUCAAAGUAUCAACACUCCUACUUACUGGCUUGUUAAUUUACGAUGUGUUCUGGGUGUUCUUCUCAUCCUACAUCUUCAGCACAAAUGUUAUGGUUAAGGUGGCCACUAGGCCGGCUGAAAAUCCAGUUGGUAUUGUUGCGAGAAAAUUAAACUUGGGCGGUAUUGUUAAGGAGCCGCCCAAGUUGAAUUUGCCAGGAAAAUUAGUUUUUCCAAGUAUUCACAAUAAUGGACAUUUCUCAAUGUUGGGACUUGGAGAUAUUGUAAUGCCAGGAUUGCUAUUAUGCUUUGUGCUGCGAUACGAUGCGUAUAAGAAAUCACAAAGUACCUCUGCUGAGACUGGAGUACCACCGCCAAAAGGUGUCGGUUCAAAACUUACGUAUUUUCAUUGUUCCUUGUUAGGAUAUUUUCUUGGUCUUCUAACAGCCACUGUUAGCUCAGAAGUUUUCAAAGCUGCUCAACCGGCACUCCUGUAUUUAGUCCCCUUCACACUCUUGCCUCUGUUGACCAUGGCAUAUCUCAAGGGCGAUCUAAGACGAAUGUGGAGUGAACCAUUCAUAACGCAACAAUCGUCAAAGCAGCUGGAAGUCUGAGGAAUAGCAUUCAUAACGAAACAAAAACCUUAUUAAUUAGAUCAAGAAAAAAAUCACUAUAAAAUAGAGAUACACCUAUAUAUUUAAUACAGUACCAUUCAUCUUAUUUUACUGUAUGUUUUUUUUUUCGUUUAACAUUAAUUGCUGCAGCAGAAACAAAAUUUAAGUCCACGACAUUGAUAAUAACAAGAACAAACCGCCCAAGAUAAUAAUUUUCUUCUUCAAAUUUCUUUUCUUGAAAAAAAUAAUUUCUCGUGACUUUUUUUCAAAAGAGGUUUUUGCAAUAAAUUUUGCAAACUGUCCAAAAGUAAAUCCUAACGUACAUAUUUGCGAGAGAAAGAGUUUAUUUGUUUUCCAUUAGUGGUCACAGUCAGAGAUAAGAGAGCACCAAGAAUAGGCUGCAAAAUUAUUUAAGAGAAAAUGUUCAUUUACUUUUUAGACAAAAAAAAUAUUAGUCUCUUAAUCAAUUUAAUUCCAUUUAUUUAAAAAAUAUCCAUUAAUUUUGGCACAAUAAAAACGUUGAGCACGUUAAAAAAUUUCUAUUGAUACAAUUUUUUUUUCUAAUGAUCUCUUCAAAAUUUAAUAAUUGAUUUAAAAAGAAAAAAAUCGUUUGAUUCUGAGCUCUGUCAAUUAAAGGAAAUAUUCAUUCAUUUUACUAAUUUCUUCCUUUUUUCAAACUUCUUCUUCACUAACCAUUUUUUCCACCAACACAGUUACAUAGAUUCAAUAUUUUUACAAUGAAUAAAAAAUUAAAAAAAAAACAGUCUGAAGAUUUAAAAAAUAAAACAUUUCAGUUUUUCUCAUAAAGUAACUAAAAAAUAAUUAAAAUAAGGUUAACACAUUUUAUUUUGAAAAUUCUUAGUUUACUUUUCAUUCUAGAAUGAUGUGAGGCCCCACCAUUUAGAAUGAUUCUUCAUGAAAUGCACAGAAACAUUUUUAGAAAUUGUAAAAUGAGAUUUUGUCAUUUUUUCAUUACAUACAUACAUAAAUCAUUAUAUUGUGUACUUUGGUGUGAAAAAAAGAAAUCGUUUUUCUCGUAUAGGGUAAAACAUAUUUAAAAGAAAUAGUUAAAAGUCUAGAACAAAUAAAAAUAAAAGAUUUAAUAAAGAAAAAAUGUAAAAAAAAAGAACAAACAACCGGUGAUAUAUUUAGUAGAAAAAAAAUCAGACAAAUGAAAAUUUAAUCAUGGGGCGCAACUGGUGAUUGAACGUGAACGUAAUAUAUAAAUACUAAUAAACUGUAAAUGUUGCUUUUAUACGAUUAUUAUGUAUGUAUGGAUAAAAAAACAGCAAAAAUACCAACAAAAAAUUUAAAGAAUUUCUCUCCGUAGUACAUGUGAAGCUUAAUUAUUGGAAAAAACGUUUAAAUUUAAAAGAAAAAAAAGAGGAAAGAAAAACAAUUAUAUUCAUCCAAUUUUAGAUUUAAAAGAAUUGAGAAAUUAUAAAUCAUGAUCGUAAUAUGUAUGUGUAAACAUAGUGAUAAGUAAAUGAUUUUAAGAGUA